AAUUUUGCAAUAUUAUAUUUUGAUAAAAUAUGGCAGGAGGAUUAGAAAGAGUUUAUGGAACUGAAGAAGAUAAGGUUAUGAUAAAUAUGUUAUGGUUUAGGUGAAUUGCUCAUUCUAUAUAAAAAUUGGUGCUUGUCGUUAUGAGAAUAAAUGCUAAAGAAUCCAUAGCAUACCUCCAAUCUCAUAAACAAUUUUAUUUAAAGUAAUGGCAUAAUAAUGAGAUUUGUAGCAUAUGUAUCAAAAUUCUCCUAUAGAAGUAGCCAUAGCAUCAGGAAAUGCAGUUUCUUAAGCAGGUAUUGAGGAAGCAUUGGAGAAAUUCGAAAAUUUUUAUGAGGAUGUAUUUUUAAAGGUAUGGUAAAUCUUCAUAAUAAUAAAACAGUUAGCUGAAUUUGGAGAGAUUGAAGAUCUAAUAGUAUGUGAAAACAUUGGUGAUCAUUUAGUUGGAAAUGUUUAUGUGAAAUAUACAUCAGAAUAUUAUGCAGAAGGAUGUUUUAAUGCUUUAUAAAAUUUAUCGUAUGAAAAUAGACCAUUAUAAAUGGAAUAUUCACCUGUACUUGAUUUUAGUAGUGCUAAAUGUAAAUAAUAUAUUGAUGGCACAUGUUAAAGGUUAUUAAAUUAUAUAUAUUAUUUAGAGGUGGAGCAUGUAAUUAUUUACAUCUUAAGAAAAUCUCAACUAAAUUUAAGAAAAGCUUAUUCAAUUAAAUGUAUGAAGAACAUCCUGAUUAUAGAGAAAAAAAAGAAAAAGAAAUUAAUGAGUAUUUAUUCUUUAUUUAUUUAUUAUUAGAAAAAGUCCAAAAAAACAUAAAAAAAAAGAAAAAAAAUCUAAAAAGAAAAAAAGUAGUAGCAGUAGAGAAUCCAGUAGAAGAAAUUCAAUAGAAAGAUAAAAAAUGAUUAAUGAUUGGAAUGAAACAGGAAUUUAAAAUGUAAUUUACUUAUUAGAAUUUUCUUUAACAAGGUUUCUUAAGCAUAAAAAAUGAUGUAUGGAAAUAAUAUGCCUGCUCCAGUUUAUACUCCUAAAGUAUCCAUGAGAACUAGUCCAGAGUUAUUACAAUUAUAAUUACAAUUAGCAGCAUUAAAAGAAUAAUUGACUGCUAUUAAAAUGAGCUGAAACGCCUAC